AUGGAUACGGACAACGCUUUUGGCCCCCAGCGAGCGGGUGUCUUUGACUUCACCAUUCUCUUUGAACAAAGUAUUCUAUCUCUCCUCCCAACCGGUCUGUUCAUAUUGCUUGUACCACUGAGACUCUAUGUCCUAUGGAACAAUGAAAGGGUCACCAAAUCUGGCCCCUUGCUAUGGGCAAAGAUGGUCACGAUUGGUAUUUAUGCCAGCCUUCAAACCACUUUGCUUGUCCUCUGGUGCCGACAAAACUCGACAAAAACAGCCAUCGCUGAACCCGUCCUUGGCUUGAUCGAAUCAUUUGCACUUGCUGCUUUGUCGUUUGUCGAACACCGAAACUCCAGGAAGCCAUCCAAGCUGCUCGGAUCAUUUCUUGUCAUCACCAUCAUCCUCGACAUUGCCUUCGUCCGAACCCUCUGGAUACGAUCGAUGCGAAGUAUUGCAGGUGUUUUCACUGCCUCAUUUGUGAUCAAGACGAUCCUCUUGAUUCUCGAAGAAGUACCAAAGACACUACUUGGCGAAAAGGAAAGGAUACACGAGACCUCAUCGGGAGUAAUCAACAGGAGUUUCUUCUGGUGGUUGAAUGGUCUCUUUCUGCAAGGCCACCGCACGAUUCUUGAGACCGAAGACCUGCAGGCGAUAGACUCAAAGUUUGAUACGGACCAUGUAUCCGCGCCGUUAGAGAAACAGUGGGAACGAGCCCGCAAUAGUGGCCAGCCCAAUCUUUUGAAGAGCACUUUCCUCGCAUACAAGUGGCAAUUCGCUGCCGGCAUCAUCCCUCGACUCCUCCACAGCGGCUUCAACUUUGCGCAACCCUUCCUCAUCCAAUCCGUCAUCGUGCUCGUCAGCAAAAAGGAAAUGUCGAUCCAAACUUCCAGCGGGCUCAUCGGAGCUACAGUCCUCAUCUACCUCGGCCUUGCGAUUUCUGGUGCCUGGCACAAACACAUGUCUUAUCAGUUAGUGACUAUGUACAGAGGUGGACUGGUGUCAUUGAUCUUUAAGAAGACACUCAAGCUCAAAACCGCGUCCAUCAAAGACUCUGCACCUGUUACGCUCAUGACGGCGGACGUGGAGACGAUUGUUGCUGCCGGAGCCUCCGUUCAUGACAUGUGGGCAAAUAUGCUUGAACUUCCUGUGGGGAUUUAUCUGCUUUAUCGUCAAGUUGGUAAGCCAAGCUUGCUUGUGUUGGUUCCAACCGUCAGUAAGUAA